AUGGAUAUCCAUAUCAGGCGGCCUGACUCUGUCGAGUUCCUCGAGUCCGAGUCUGGAUGGAACGCAGUACCAGUCUUGUCUACGUCGUUGGAGGUUCAACGUGAGCGGUCUGAGCUUGCGAGGGCAGCGCACAUAAGGUACAUCUCCCGCUUGUACUCAGCACCGCAAGAGCCAAAUUCGCUACCCAACCACACUCGAGACUUGAUUCCAGGAGAUGGAAUCUUACUCGCAAGAGGAAUAAAGAUUUCUCUCCAUCCCCCUCUUAGGUCCGUCGUUUAA